GCCAGUAUCGGCAAGAUGUCACUGGCACGUUGCGCGGCGGCUCGCGGGCCGCGGCUCCUGUCACUCGUAGCACAGCUGCUCGCGCCGGGCGUCGGUCUUGCGUCUCUCCGCCGAGUCAGUGCGUCCGUCCCCGCUCAGUUCUGCAGCGCCGCGGCCCCGUGCCCGCUCCCCAACAUGUUCACCGCCGAGGAACGCGGCUCCGCAUACUCGCCCGACUACCGGGUCUUCUUCCGUGACGAGAAUGGCCCCGUGUCCCCGCUGCACGACAUCCCGCUGUGGGCCAACAAGGCCGAGCACCUCGUCAACAUGGUGGUGGAGGUCCCGCGCUGGAGCAACGCGAAGAUGGAGCUGUCGCUGGGCGAGGCGCUGAACCCCAUCAAGCAGGACGUGAAGAAGGGCGCGCUGCGCUUCGUGGCCAACGUGUUCCCGCACCACGGCUACAUCUGGAACUACGGCGCGCUGCCGCAGACGUGGGAGAACCCGUCGCACGUGGACCCGGCGACGCAGGCGCGCGGCGACAACGACCCUAUCGACGUGAUCGAGAUCGGCGCGCGCGUGGCGGCGCGCGGGGACGUGGUGCCCGUCAAGGUGCUCGGCACGCUCGCGCUCAUCGACGAGGGCGAGACCGACUGGAAGCUCAUCGCCAUCGACUCGCGCGACCCGCUAGCGUCGUCUCUGUCGGACGUGGGCGACGUGGAGAAGGUGUUCCCGGGGCUGCUGGCGGCCACGGUGGAGUGGUUCCGGCUGUACAAGGUGCCGGACGGCAAGCCGCACAACCAGUUCGCCUUCGACGCCGAGCCCCGCGACCGCGAGUUCGCGCACAAGGUCAUCGACGAGGUGCACGAGUUCUGGCGCCAGCUGGUCGCCGGCAACGUGGCCGACGCCACCGACAUCAACAAGAUGAACGUCUCGGUGGCGGGCAGCCCGGGCCAGGUGGAGCGGGCGGAGGCGGCCGCCGUGCUAGCCAAGGCGCCGCCGCGCGCGCUGCCGCAGCCGCUGCCCUCCAGCGUGGAUAAGUGGCACUUCCUCGCUAACCUGUAGCAGCCUGUGGGGCCUGUGGGGAGCCUGUAGGAGCUAUGAGCGCCCGGACGAUCCCGUGGGGCCGCUUGUGGUGACGGGACCGUCAAGUUGUGAUUAUCUUAUUGUUUAAGUGCAAAUGGUAGGGUUGUUAAUGCAUAUUUAUUAUAAUUAAACGCGAUAUUUUGUA